UCCCUAUUUAAGGCAUCCUCGACCAUUCCAGCGAUUAUCACACUUUGGUUUCUCCGACGAAAGAUCUGAUUGUGCUUUAUUAUCAAACACUUACUUUUGCUGAUCUGUUUGUGCUAUAUAUAGAAGAUGGCGGCGAAGAAGAGCGUGGGAUCACUGAAAGAAGCAGAUCUGAAGGGGAAGAGAGUAUUCGUGAGAGUUGAUCUGAACGUUCCAUUGGAUGACGCCUUCAACAUCACCGAUGAUACCAGAAUCAGAGCUGCUGUGCCUACCAUCAACUACUUGAUGCACAAUGGUGCUCGUCUCAUCCUUGCCUCUCAUCUUGGUCGCCCUAAAGGUGUCACUCCAAAGUACAGCUUAAAGCCACUUGUGCCUAGACUUUCAGAACUAUUGGGAGUUGAGGUAAAGAUGGCAAAUGAUUCAGUUGGCCCAGAAGUUGAGAAAUUGGUUGCUGAACUACCGGAAGGAGGAGUUUUGCUUCUGGAGAAUGUGAGAUUCUAUAAAGAAGAGGAGAAGAAUGAGCCUGAGUUUGCCAAGAAGUUGGCUUCUCUUGCAGAUUUGUACGUCAAUGAUGCAUUUGGGACUGCUCAUAGAGCCCAUGCUUCCACAGAAGGGGUUGCUAAGUUCUUGAAACCAGCUGUUGCUGGAUUCCUUAUGCAGAAGGAACUUGACUAUUUAGUAGGAGCUGUGUCAAAUCCACAGAAACCAUUUGCUGCCAUUGUUGGUGGUUCAAAAGUAUCAAGUAAGAUUGGUGUUAUAGAGUCACUCUUGGAGAAGGUUGAUGUGUUAUUGCUUGGUGGAGGAAUGAUCUUCACUUUCUACAAGGCCCAAGGGUACGCUGUUGGAUCAUCACUAGUGGAGGAGGACAAGCUUGACUUGGCAACAUCUCUCAUGGAGAAGGCAAAGGCAAAAGGAGUAUCUCUAUUGCUUCCCACUGAUGUAGUGAUUGCGGACAAGUUUGCUGCUGAUGCAAACAGCAAGAUUGUUCCAGCUUCUGAAAUUCCUGAUGGCUGGAUGGGAUUAGAUAUUGGACCUGAUGCAAUCAAGUCCUUUGGCACUGCCUUGGAUACCACCAAGACUAUCAUCUGGAAUGGACCAAUGGGGGUGUUUGAGUUUGAAAAGUUUGCUGCUGGAACGGAGGCUAUUGCCCAUAAACUGGCAGAGCUUAGUGGAAAGGGAGUGACAACCAUCAUAGGUGGUGGUGAUUCUGUAGCUGCAGUUGAGAAGGUAGGACUUGCCGAGAAGAUGAGUCACAUAUCAACUGGUGGGGGUGCUAGCUUGGAGCUUCUGGAGGGGAAGCAACUUCCUGGGGUGCUCGCCCUAGAUGAUGCCUAAGCAAUAUAUGCUUAUGCUUGCUCCUUUUUUUUCUUUUGCACCUUUCGUUAGCUUUCAUGUCUGGAUUUUAAUCUAGAGCGGAUUUGGAUCUGUAGAGUCUUGUAUGGUGGUGGAUCAAACUGUAAUAAGUACUUUCUGGGCCUCCGUUAUGUGCCCUGCAGUAUGCAGGGCACCGAGGUACUUUCUCUUUUGAUUAGAGAAUCUUCCAUGGUUGAUAACUUGAAAUAACUAAUGAGUUACUGUCAGUUAUCAGAUCCUUUUUUGGGGAUUGGAGUUUUACUUG